AGAAAAACCUGUAAGCGCAGACCAAACCCACCUGUCGUGUAGGCGGCAACCGCAGCCAAAGUGUAGGUCGGCGGAGCCCAGUUGGAGCUCAGUCGUGCGAGGCGCUCACCUCCGAGAACUUGUCGCUUCUUCGCCAACAUGAGUGGUCUUCACAAGUGCAGCAGCAUCCUGGUCACCGGCGCCAGUCGCGGCAUCGGCUUGCACUUGGUGGAGACGCUGAUGAAGAGCAAACCGAGGCCGGGAAAGGUGAUCGCCGCCGCUCGGGACCGCAGCCGAGCCAAGGAACUAAACAGAUUAGCAGAGAGCCACCCAGAUCUCUACAUUGUGACCCUUGAUGUCACAAACAAGGACGACAUUAAAGCAGCUUUUAAGGAAGUCGAGUCCCUCGUUGGAGACAAAGGCCUCAACUGCCUGGUGAACAAUGCUGGCAUCAAACUUGAUUCAACUCUGAAUGAGGUCACAGCUGAAGAAAUGAUGAAGAAUUUCGAGGUGAACACAGUGUCUCCCUUAAUGGUCACCAAGGCUUUUUUGCCAUUAUUGAGGAAAGCUGCAAAGCAGGGAACAGGAAUGGGCAUUCACAGGGCGGCCAUAGUCAACGUGUCUUCUAUGUUAGCAUCAAUCCAACUAAACUGGGGAGAAGGCACAAAAGAGAAGUGGUACCCAUACCACGUUUCAAAGACAGCUUUGAAUAUGGUGACCAGAUGUCUGUCCUCUGAUCUCUUAGGUGAAGGCAUUCUGUGUAUGUCCCUGUGUCCAGGAUGGGUAAAGACAGACAUGGGUGGACCUCAAGCCCAACUAACCAAAGAAGAGAGCAUCGAUAACAUCCUUAAACUGAUCUCCAACUUGUCAGAAAAAGACAACGGUGGAUUUCUGAAUCACACCGGAGAAACUCUGCCCUGGUGAAGUGACGUGAUGAGAGCUCAUAAUAAAAAGGACACUGUGCUUUGUCACUUGUCA